AUGGGUAUCGCUUUAUUGCUAGAGUUGAAACACUUGCGAUUAAGAGUUCACUGAAUGUGCAGAAAUAUCAGGAUGCUCUGAAGCUAUCGAGGGCUUUUAAAAAGUGAUGUAAGUUAACAAAAGUUGAUCGACUUGGGCACCGUGUUUGUAAUUUUGCGGUGUACUAUCCGAAAUGCAAUGAACAAAUAUUUUAAAAUACGAUCUCCCAUGUUAUCCCGCGUGUUGACAAACUGUGGAUUUUCGAGUCCUUAAGUGUUGUAUUUUGAUCAACCUUUAACAAACCGUGAUGAAUAAUUUUAUUAUGGAAAGGAAAAAAAGUGCUGAAUAGGCCCCUCCUCUUCCCCAGCACAUGACUGACUGAAACUGACAAUAAACAUUACAUCAGCGGAAAUUCCUCAUCAAAACACUACUCUUAAAGGGGGCAUCGUUGGCAGAGGAGGAGGAUGCACUCACACAUGCAGCCUUGGAAGAGGGGCAGAAAAUCAAGCUGAACAAAUCCCAGAUGGCCAACCUCCUGGACCUGUUAAUAGCGACUUUGGCUAGCACCUGGCAAGGAGAUUCUUGGACUGUUCAAAAAUCAGGAUUGUGAGACUGGGUGUAAACAGAAUUUGAGGAUUGGCCACUUUGAUAAAGUUUCUAGGUCUCAAUUUUUUUUUAACAUUGGCUAAAGGUAUUAGCUAAAUGCAAUCUAGAAGAGACUCUGUAUUUACUGAUCUUUACAGGAUUUGAGUUUAUCAUUGGAAGUUAUAAGCCACGAAGAGAGAUAUUCAGCUUGGACCUAUCCUUGCGAUUGGAAUUGAAAUCAACUAAAUUAGCACACUCUCAAUUAUUUUUGUACUGCAUAGCUCAGGACAAUUGCUGGACAAUGUCUUUUCCCAUCAGUAAGGCAAAACAACAGAAAGGUAAUCACCUUCCCUCUUUUCGGGAUCCAUUGUGUUUUAAGGUGUGCACCUGAAAUUCUUUAUGACGUGGUGGGGGGGGGGGAGGAAAUGCGGACGGUGCCGCUUUAAGAGCGUUUUGGUGACGGCUUCUAUUCAAAUAAAGCUGUGGCGGGCUCGGACGCCUAUUGGCCAAGAUUUGUCUGUCUGUGGGCGGGGUUUGCGCCUUCGGAACGCCUGUGGCGACGGUGAUUGGCCGGCGUCGAGUCGCUUGGGCGGUAUAAAUAGCGUGCUAUUUUUAAACGGUUACUAUUUCCCGGAGCGGCGGUGGCGCGGUACGGUGAGCGGAACGGAGCUCACAGGCGCCUUACGGCCAUCGGUUAACAGGGGACCCCCCCCCCCCCCCACCACCCCAUUGGUCUUAGCUUCCCAGCUCAUCCCACAGGGGGAAUCGGCUGACAUCUCGGGGGAGUCCCCGUUCGGUUACCGGGCGCGGAAAGUUGCGAGCCGGAUCAUGGCGUUUAAGGUGGAGGCGCACCGCAUCAUGACCAUCUCCCUCGGCAAGAUCUACUCGUCCCGGGUCCAGCGCGGUGGCAUCAAGCUGCAUAAGAACCUGCUGGUGUCGUUGGUGCUUAGGAGCGCCCGGCAGGUCUACCUGAGCGAGCAGGAGGAACUCUACCUGCAGGCGCAAGGCCAGUUCCAGCCGGCGGGCGGCCAGCAGCCUCCCAACUGGGCCGAGAUGGAGGAGAGGAUUGCCGGCGAGAGCCCGUGCGAGCAAGGGCCGGGCCGGGCGGAGGCGACGGAGAGGACUGAACCGCAGGAGCCGAGUUGGGCGGAGGCGGAGAGGACUUUGUGCCCGCCCUCCCAGGACCAAGGUCUGGAGGCGAAGGCCACCCAAGAGCAGCACGUCCCCCGCCAGCCCCCGGCGGCUUGCGCCCAGCAGCUGGAGGCCAGGGUGUCCCGAGAGCCUGGCUCUCCUUCGGGCUGUGGCCGGAAAAGGAGGAGUGGAGAGCAAGGGGGCGCCGAGCCUGAAAGCCCGCUCAAAAGGCCCAGGACCGAGCAACAUCUGACCAUCCCGGCCGCCACCCACCAGGAGGAAGAGGAGAUGGAGACCUCCAACGUCUCCAACCUCAUCAACAUCUUUGGCUCCAGUUUCUCUGGACUCCUGAGCAAAGAGGAGAGUGACGGCGAGAGCGGGCAAAUUUGUUGCGAUCAAGUGCUGGGGAACAUGGGCUCCUGGAACAGGGCGAUUGUCGCCUUCUGAAAGCUUCGUCCUUUGGGACGGGAGUGAUAGAGACCAGGACUUUGUCGGCUUCGACUGGUUCUCACUUCUGGAGCAUGUGCAACGGCUGGGGAGGUUUGGUUCGAAGCAUCCUGCACCUCUCUGAAAAGGCGCCCUCAGCACCACGUGGAGAGCAGCUUCAUUCACCACCCCCAAUGAGGAAAUGGAAGGAUAGGCGGGCCCUGACAGGCGUGUUCAGACUCGGGCGGAGGACAUUUCUUUGAGUUGGGAGUUCCUGUGGAUUUUUUUCUGGUUUAAUUGUGUAGCUUUGCAGCCCGACUAAAUAUUGAAAGGUAGCAAGAGUACUUCGAAGUUUUACUGUAUAUCGAAACCAAAUACAACUUACUGAGUCAGUUGCCUUUUUCCGUCUGUUCUACGCCCUUUCGCAGAUAUUAAUUUGCAUUGGACUCGUACUGAGCAGUUUGGGCACACUUCUGUACGUUUUAUUUACGUCUUUGUUUUAUAAAGACAAGAAAAGUGUUCGAUUAUUAUCCGUUUUUGUAUACUGUUUUCAUUGUUGUAUGAAUGGUGUAAUUUACAAUAAUUAAAAGGUUAUUUUAAAUCUU